CAAAUGCUAUCUUGGGGCUUACUUCCUGUCAAGAGCCAAAAAUACUGACGGUGAAGUCGUGACACAACGUUCUUCUUUCAUACACCAGGGUUUCUUAAGAUUUCUUUCAAAAUUGCGAUGUCUGGCGAGUCCGGGAGUAGAACGUCUAGCUUCAGGAGUGUUAGCCCCAGCAAAUAUGUGAAGUUAAACGUGGGAGGGGCGCUGUUUUAUACAACCAUGGGGACUCUGACCAAACAGGACAACAUGUUGCGAGCGAUGUUCAGUGGCCGGAUGGAAGUAACAGAUUCUGAAGGUUGGAUCCUGAUAGACAGAAGUGGCAAACAUUUCAGUACGAUCCUGAACUACCUGCGGGACGGCAAUGCACCUCUGCCAGAGGGCCGUAAGGAAGUCCAGGAACUGCUUGCAGAGGCCAAAUACUACUGUAUGGCUGAGUUAGUAGACCAGUGUCAGACCCUUCUGAAAAGGAAACAGAUUGAAGCUGACCCCAUCUGUAGAGUACCUGUCAUCACAUCUGGUAGGGAAGAACAGGCUGUUAUAACCACUUCUAACAAGCCUGUUGUUAAACUAUUGUACAACAGAGGAAACAACAAGUAUUCUUACACAAGCACGUCAGACGACAACAUGCUAAAGAACAUUGAGCUUUUCGACAAGCUUUCACUACGGUUUAACGGACGGGUACUGUUUAUCAAGGACGUAAUAGGAACCAACGAGAUCUGUUGUUGGACGUUCUAUGGGCACGGGCGGAAAGUUGCGGAAAUUUGCUGCACGUCAAUUGUAUAUGCUACAGAGAAGAAACAAACAAAGGUUGAGUUUCCUGAGGCGAGAAUUUAUGAGGAGACGUUAAACAUCCUACUGUACGAGAGUCGGGACAUGGAUCCGGAGAAGGACGUCCUUGCCCGUGCGGCGGAGGUUCGCAGUCUCCCCAGCAGCUGCUGUGUGAGCGAUGAGGAAGAGGAGAGAUCAGAGGCUCGCGGCGUACGCAGACAUUGAGAACGUUAACUACAACAUAGACUACGUAAAAUAGCUGUCACUCAAGCAACUGGAUAAGAUUUUAGAAAUGGUCAGAUGUUUCAGGUAGCAUACACUAUCUUUUAUCAGUGACUCUGAGGGUAUCUUUGAUGGUGGUAUCUCACUGCACUUGGGGCAUCGGUGUAGCACUGCGGGGUUCAUUCACUGAGGCACUGUUGUGUUAUUUUUCCUGAUGUUUUAUAAUUAAGAUAUUGCAUAACACAGGGCACUGCAGGGUUCGUAUACUGCACUGUUCGUAUUCGCACUGUUUUGUUACUUACGCUGAUUUUUUAUAUUUAAGAUAUUGCAUAAUGCGUAACAGCAUGACUUAGAAAACUACAAAAUAUACAAAACAUAAGAAAGUUCUUUCUUUAUCUCUGAAAUUCGUUGAGUAAUCUUUUGAACCCCGCAGUGCCGCACUAGUGCCCCAAGUGCAGUGAGAUACCACCGUUAAGGUAGUGGAUGCUAUCUGAAACGUUUGACUGUUUCCAAAAUCAUAUCCACCUGCAUGAAUAAUUGCUAUUUGGCAUAUAUUAUUACCUUGGUGUCUAGUCUUCAUCAACAUACAACCUAGACUGUAUAUAAAAUGAUAAAUGAUUUAAUGUAUUCAUAGGACCACAACAAUGGGUUCUACGACAUUCUUUGGUAGAAAUUUAGCAAGAAGAUGAAAACAAGGAAGAAAUUGUCCCUCCCUUAAGAAACAUGUGUUUAAAGGUACAGUCUUUCCCCUCAGAAGCUGUUUUUAUGUUGAUCUUCUAGUGUAGCGUUUUUCUUUCCGUCCGCAAACCAAUAAGGUGGACUAAAUUAAAUUAUCAUUAAGGAAGAAAGUUAUCAAGCAAUAUGCCUGUGGAAAUUCUGCUGUGCUAAUUCAAAAUGUUAGUUUGUUAUGUAGUCUGGUCAGUGCUAGUAUUCUUUACAUAUUUUCUUUAUAAAACUGCAGCAUAUCUUCUCAAACUUAAUGUCAAUGACAUAAUGCUAGUCUUCCAUGUUUCUGAUUGGAAAUUUAUUUACCACUAGAAGAUAUGAAUAAUGAAGUAGGAGAAUCAGAGAUUUAAGUGAUUUUUGCUAUAAUUAUGUGCUGCUCAAUUUAAUAUUUCCAACCGCAAAAGGUUGUUAUACUUCUGAUAAUUUGUGUGAAAGAAGAAAAGAGAUCAGCCCAAGCAGUAUUGUGUAGAUCAAAAUCAUCAAGCUUCGAUAAAUACUUAAAGUGUACAUAUAUUUUGUAUAAUUGAUUUCAACUUUGGCAGCUUUGACACAACUACACAAGAGAGCCUUCUGUAUGUGGAAAAAGUCUCUAUGUUUUUUCAGUCAUUUAAGGUUCCUGUCACAUUUGUUGUAUGAUAGUUUUACAGCAGCAUAUUGAGGAUGUUUCCUACAAAAUUCAUGGCAGUCAUCAGAGUUGCAUCGCACUGUAGUACCACGUAAGAUACUUGAAAAUCCUUGUCAUGAAAUUUUGGUUGAAUGUGGAGACAUUUUGGGUAAGAGCAGACAUGUAGGGUCUAAGCUUUCCCAUUUUGGUCAACAUUUGCUCAGUUCCCCAGUUGGGGUAAUGAGGAGAGAUUUGAGUUGUCGGGUCCUGUUGAUGGAUACAGGAGCAAAUUGGAGUAAAAUUUGUGGUUUCUUUGAUAGAGCUUGCUUUUCUUGGACAUUGAUCUGAAUUCUGUAAAUGCAGAAAUGUUCGUGGUGGAUUAAUGUUCGCAGUUUUCGUGGUGACCACUUCACAGCGAGCUUAAAACCACCGCGAACAUUUUUCUAUUAUGGUAUUAGACUGCAGUCUAUGGUGCUACCGCGAACUUAAAUCCACCGCGAAAAGUCCUUUUACGGCUACUGCCAAAUUAAAUCCCCGCGAACUUAGAUGCAUUUACAGUAACCCACAUUUCAUUGAAUGGUUAUAAAGUAGCUGGAAAAAAAGUUUGAGAUUGAAACUUGGUUAAGUACUAUAGUGAGGUAUUUUUCAGUGCUUCUUAUGUCAGGUUUCAAUGAGGAUGCCCUACUCAGAUGUCUGCCCUUCAGCAGUUUUGUGAUGGAAAAGAUUAUCAUAGGUUCUUGUCAACGGUUGAUUCUGUCAUAACUACAAUGAAAACCCUACAACAAUUGUGAUAGUAUACAGGUUUAUUCAUUCAAAUGUAAUUCAGUAUGCUUUUAUUAGUUACAUUAAUUGUCAUAAACGUUUUGAAUGUUCAUUUCAUCAUCUCUUCCGAGAGAGGGCUGUGAUAUACCAAGGAACCAUAUGUUUCUACUUGAGAAUAAACAUUAUUUUGCAAAUUA